CCGGAAAUUGUCGUUAAUUACGCAGCGGUACAAGCUCAGGAAAAUUUCGACGCAGAUCUUGAGGCUGAACUGUUGCAGAAGGAUCUCGCCACGUAUCGCUGUGAUGAACCUCGCCUCACUCACCUAAUGUUAAGUAUGAACAAUCAACAACGACGAAUGUUAUUCGUCCCUUACAAGAAUAAGUUUGGCAAAGACUUGAUUUCUGAAAUCCAACGUCUUUGCCGUCGUAAUUUCAAAAACGUAAUGGUCGCACUAUUGGAAUCACCAACAACACUGGAUGUUAAGCAACUGCGUUAUUCUAUGAAGGGACUCGGAACUACGGAACGGAUUCUGAUUGAAAUACUCGCGACAAGAAAUAACACAGAGCUAGCUGCAAUACGAACGGAAUAUCAGAAAGCUUACGGUCAUUCAUUGGCGAGUGAUGUUAUUGGUGACACAAGCGGCUCGUUCCGGCAAUUACUCGUUUCUUUACUUCAAGGAAGACGAAGCGAAUCAAGCUGGGUAGAUUUCUCCAGUGCUUAUCAGGAAGCAUAUAAGCUGUCUGAAGCUUGCAAGAGAAGGGCCAGAAAUCUUGACGCCGACUUCAAUAGAGUUCUAGUUACACAAAGCUAUGUUCAACUGCGAAAGAUUUUCGAAUAUUUUAAGGAAAUGGCUGGCUAUACCAUUGAACAAGCCAUAACGAAAUUCUUCAGACGUGAUACUCGCAGAGGAUUUCUUGCUGUGGUGGCCAGCGCUGUUAAUAAACCCAAAUUCUUUGCGCAACAAUUGUAUGCGUCGAUGAAGGGUUUGGGCACUAGAAACAACGACUUGAUUCGUCUGAUCGUUUCACGGGCUGAGAUAGAUAUGGCGGCUAUAAGUGAUGAAUUCGAAGUGGCAUAUGGGAAGACCCUUGUGGACUACAUUCGUGGCGAUACAUCCGGUGGUUAUCGCGAUGCAUUAAUAGCGAUUGUAAAGGGCAAUUCCAAGUAUCGAUACUAA